UAAUAAUAAUAAUAAUCCAAAAAAUUUUCAAGCCCGCUAAAAUUAUGGGCCCAAAAAAGCUUCAAUUCAAUUUCCGGUCUGAAUACAACUCCAAAGGUUUAGUGUUACUCUUAACAGAGUACGGCCCAUUAAGAAGCUGAUCGUCUUCUCUCUCCUCUUGAUCUCUCAAAUCGCCGUUGAAACGAGCAACUCAAAGGAGGCCAUCACAUCAGUGACGCAGCGGCGAGCAAGGGACAUAGGAGGGAGAGGAGAGAGGGCGAUGACGGUGUUCCACCUCUUCAACUGCGCUAUCCUCACCUUCGGCCCGCACGCCGUCUACUACUCCGCCACUCCUCUGACGGGAGAUUCUAUUUUGCACCGAUUGGCUCCACUAUGGGUGGGAGCUAGAGGAUUAGAAUUCACAUGGGAAUACAUAUUUCAAGGCGUUGAAGCAAAUGCAAAUCUGGUGCUAAAUCUGUCACUUGCUGCACUUGGGUCCUUGAUGUGGCUUAGGAAGAACAAGCCCAGGACUCUUAUACCAAUUAUAUAUGCAUGUGCUGGUGUUCUUGCAACAAUGCCAUCUUUCACAAGGAUGCUUUGAUCAGGAUGAGACAAUUAAAGCAGGAAAAUCAUGUUGUGCCGGAGGAACAUGUCAGAAGAUUGAACGUCAGGCCGGUGGAUCGGUCGACGUAUCGACAGAAGGCUUCGGGCCGUGGACUCGGGCAUCGGGCCAAGAAGAGUGGGUAUUGUGCCAAGGAUAUCGGAGUUGCGGAGUCAACUGGCCGAUUGGGCAAUAGGCUGCAGGAGAGGACGAUGCGCCGAAGAAUUGGACGAAGCGUCGAGGGACCAAUGACAUGUCGGACAACUUGGUUAAUUGCUUAGGAUUAAAUGUCUCGAUCAAUGUUUUGUUUUAAGUGUGCAGGAUUAACUACGAUGGAAGAAAGACAUGCAGUAGGAGUUGCGCCGGAGUCAAGACAAUGAUCACGUUGGGAGUUCGAGAGCUUGACGGAAGUCCGGACGGUCGUCGGAGGUUCUGCGGGAACAGAUCUGAGAAGUCCAGGAGCUUGCCAAAAGAAGCUCGUUAGAACUCGCCAAGUGGAUCGUCGCAAGUCCAGGAGUUUGCCGGAAGUCCGCAGGAGCAUCACCGAAGGUUCAUCGGAUGAUCGACGGAACUUCGCCGGAAACUCGCCGGAAGAAGCGAUUGACGCACUUGAGCAAGCUGCAGAAAUUGUCUUAGGAUUUAUCGUAGUUAGCACAAUGAUUAAGUUGGAAAUGGGAGGUGAUCCCAUUAGCUUAAUCUUGGGGCAAUUGGGCCCCUGAAAAACCCAAAAUUGGGUCGAAUGGAUCUACCCAUUCGGACCCUGAUUGUUGUGGGAGGUUCAACCGCCCAAGCCAGGAGGUAGCACCGCCUAGGUUAAGUCUCCGAGCAAGACUGGGCGGUGCAACCGCCCCAGCCAGGAGGUAGCACCGCCUAGGCUCAGUCUCCGAGCGAGACUGGGCGGUGCAACCGCCCCUGACAGGAGGUAGCACCGCCUGAGCUCGGUCUUCGAGCUCUGGCAGGCGGUGCAACCGCCCCAGUCAGGAGGUGCAACCGCCUGAUCCCGAAAUUCCGGGAAUUGACAGUUUUGAGCUCCAAAUUUGAACUGGGUCGGGGGCUAUAAAUACCCCACCCAUUCAGCACUGAAAAAGCACAGACAUACACCGAAAUCUUGAUCUUUUUCUGUGAUUCUUAGAGCUCAAAAUUGUUGUAAAGGCCAAAAGUUCUUCUCCCUCUUUUCUUCCAAGUUCUGAGUUGUAAAGAGAGGAGAGAAAAUUUCUAUAAGGGUUGUCUCCUAAGCCCGUCAAAAUGAGUGAAACUGUAAGAGGGUGGUUGGCCUUCGCCUAUUGAAGGAAGGCCUCUAGUUGACGUCGGUGACCUCGUCGGUGGAGGAAGCCAAAAGUGGAGUAGGUCAAGAUUGACCGAACCACUCUAAAUCUCGGUUUGCAUUUACUUUGAGCAUUUUAUCUUUACUGCAAACCUCCUAAAUAGCUACUACCUUCUGCGCUUUUACGAACAAGUUUCAAAGUUCAGAACUUUCCGAAUCUGCGCUUAGACGUAAAUCGGCUUUGUCAUACGAUCAUUACAGUUCAGUUUACGUUUACGUUUUGAUUUCAAUCAUAACUGCAAACUGUCUUCUGUGCACUUAUAAAACAUAUCUCAAAGUUCAGUAUCUUCAAAAUUGACAUUUAGACGUAAACCGGUUUUAUCUUACAAACGUCGCAUUUCAGUUUGCGCUUGUAUUCUGGUUUUCAUCAUAGCUGCAACCUGCCUGCAUAGAUUAACUUUAAUAUCAUCUUGCUUAGAAUCGGAUUUUACACAGAAACUGUUUUUAUCAUUCGAACGCAGUUUCGUUUUAAUCGCAGAAAAUUUUCCGCUGCACUAAUUCACCCCCCCCUCUUAGUGCUCUCGAUCCUAACACGAUACACCUAGGUGUACCGCUCGGUACACCUGGGUGUACCGAGCCCGGGUCGAAAUACCGGUACGAUACGGUACGACGGACCUUGAUGAAAAUGUUCUGACACGGUUGUAUCCUCUGGACUUGCCUUUUGGAAUGUUGGACUCGGGAGUUUCAUUCUUGCAAAAUGUGGUUCAGUUUACCAUGUUGGAAGUUUUCCUACAAUAUGUUAUCUAUUUAUGCAAAUAAUCUAUCCUGCUUCACACUUGUCACUUGGCCGCAAUCCUACUCGCUGGUGCCAGAUGAUUUACAAGGGGUUCAACAAAUGAAACAUGUUUGCUUUUCUUUUUGCCUUUUCUGGUUUACCAACUGUAGAAUUCUCAUUUCUUUUCAUCCUCAUGGCUGAGAGCCCAUUUGAUUCCUAAUGAUUCUAUUGAAAAACUUGUAUGGAUC